AUGGCCUAUGAUCUGGACGCGGCGCGCAUCACCUCUCUUCCAGACGAUGCAUUCUACAUACCCAAUUUUAUCUCCGAGGAAGAAGAGCAGAUCCUGCUACAAAAGCUCCUCCAUUCCCGCACCCACCAGCCCAACGCUCCUCCAUCAACCAACCUCCACGAUUCAACAUCCCAACUAACCACCCAUCUACAGAUCUCAUCAGCCCCCUCCCCCCGCUGGACCCAUCUAACGCACCGCCGCCUACAAACCUGGCCCUCGGCACUAACAAAAACCAACACCCUCCUCUCCUCCGCUCUCCCAUCCUGGCUGACAACGCCCAUCAUCGAACCCCGCUUCAAGCAACUAGGCAUCUUCGCCGACGCACCGCACGGCGCACCGAACCACGUCUUGAUCAAUGAGUACAAACCUGGCCAGGGGAUUAUGCCGCACGAGGAUGGACCGGCGUAUUAUCCGCUCGUGGCGACGGUGAGCUUGGGGGCGGGUAUUGUGCUGGAUUUUUAUGGGAAGGACGCGGAGGAAGAGAAUACGCCUACUUCGAAGGGAGAGCCGGAGUCGGAGCUGGAGUACCUGAGGGUCCCACGGUUCCGGGUAUUACAAGAGAGGAGGAGUUUAUUGGUUACUCGGGGCAAGAUGUAUACGGAUUUUCUGCAUGGGAUUGCCGAGAGAGUGGUGGAUGGGGAUUUGGGGCCGGAGACGGUUUGUAAUUGGGGGUUGUUGGGGGAGAAGGACGGGUUUCUGGGGGGAUCGUUUGAGAGGAUGACUCGGACGAGUUUGACGUAUCGUGAUGUUUUGAAGGUUGCCAAGGUGGGGAAUACGUUGAAGUUUUUGGGUCGGUGA